CUUGUAUGACAAGUUUUUUCUACAUCUCCAAGAUGGCAAGAGAAAAUAAAAACAAGAACUCUGUUCUUCAGUCAGAGGUGUCACACAGAUGCAGUCUGCUUUGUCUUGGUCGUCUGAACUUCCACCGUCAGGCUGUGGGAGAAAAGGUCCGCUUGAGUCAUGGAGGUCGACUCGCAGAGAAGACUGAGAACACCUUCAAGAAUGGGCUGGUGUUCAGCAACCGUCCAGUGAGAGUCCAGGAGAGGAUUCGUCUGAGAGUGGAGAGGGAUUCGAUCAACUGGCAGGGAGCUCUGCGUGUGGGCUUUACCACUGUGCCACCCUCAAGCAGAUCUCUGCCCCUGCCCUGCUUGGCCAUCCCCAACCUCACUGACAAACCUGGACACUGGGCUGUGCCUGUAAAUGAAUCCUACUGCCAAGCAGGUUCAGAGCUGGAGUUUUGGGUUUCUCAUGGUGGCAGCAUAUACGUAGCUGUCAGCAACAGGCAGCACAAGUGGCUGACAGGAGUGGACCUCAGCCAGCCGCUGUGGGCCAUGAUAGACAUUUACGGGAAGACGCGCUCCAUUUUACUCCAAGGCUCCAAAAAAACAAAGCUCCUUUGCACUAGAAGAUCCUGUCCUGCACCCGAACCGCUCAUCUCACCUGAUUCUUACAGUCACUUUGGUUCAGUUCCUGAUGUUUCAGACUUCAGACCUGAUGACUGCAUGUCCUGUCUUGACAUGGAAAUCCCAGCAGAUAACGUCUGUGUGGUGUGCAUGGUGAAGGAGGCCAGAAUCACACUGCCUUGUGGCCACCGGUGUUUAUGUAAACACUGUGACUCCAGAGUCUGUCAAGAGUUUGGCACCUGCCCGCUGUGUCGACACAAGAUCAGAGCUCCAUCAGUAAAGGAGAGGCGGUUUAUAGACGUCUAAGCUCUGACACACCAGCCAAGAAUCACCAAAUAUAAACUACCGACACACAGUGAAUGGCACUUAUUAUGAUGCUUUGUCAUGUUUGGCUUUUCUGUUUUGUUAAACAUGUAAAAAUUUCAGAGUGAUGAAAUGUCCUCAAAUUCAUGUAAAGAUGUCAAACUGGACUAUUUUUAUGUAAAUAUUGCAAUUAAGUCAGUAUGUGACGAGACAAAAUAUUGCACUAAGUGCAAAAUAUGUAUGUAUGUGAAUAUGUAAAAUAGCAUUAUAACAAAAAAUUUCUGUACAGUAUAUUUUAUA